AUGCCACCAAAAAAAAAGACGGCAGCAGGACCUGUCGAGGUCGCGGCUGCAAAGUCUGGCCAUUCCAAAAAGGCGACGCCAACCUCAGUAGCUUCAGCUGCUUCCGAACAAAACAGUCCAGAAGUCACGAAGCGCAAGCCGAGGAAGAAGACAGUUAAGAUUGAGGAGGGAGAGGAGGAAAAGCGAGUGUCAGGACCAGAUGACUUUGCGGCGUUGCUGAACCCAUUCUACUCGAACAAGGAUAUAACGGCGCCUAUAAACACAGCCAAGGACAAAUGGAACCUUCUGCCUGCUUUCCUCAAGGUUAAAGGCUUGGUCAAGCAGCACAUCGAUUCUUUCAACUUCUUCAUCGAGACUGAGAUCAAAGAUAUUGUCAAGGCGAAUAAGAGAGUUACCAGCGAUGUUGAUCAACACUUCUUUCUGGAGUACACGGAUGUCAACAUUGGAAUGCCAGACCGUGUGGAACAAGACGACAGAAAUUUGCAACGAGCAAUCACCCCGAAUGAAUGCCGUCUGCGAGAUUUGACCUACGCAGCUCCCAUCCGAGUCAAUAUCAAAUACAUCCGAGGGAAGCAGGUCAUACACAGAACGGAUAUUGCUAUUGGGCGGUUGCCGAUCAUGCUUCGCAGCUCCAAAUGUAGACUUUCUGGAGGGGAUGAUCAUGAUAUGGCGCAUAUGAAUGAAUGUGCCUUGGAUCCAGGAGGAUACUUUAUUGUCAACGGUACGGAGAAGGUCAUUCUUGUUCAGGAGCAGUUGAGCAAAAACAGAGUUAUUGUCGAGACCGAUGUCAAAAAGGGCAUCGUUUCUGCUUCUGUUACCAGUUCUACCCACGAGCGGAAAUCGAAGAGUUAUGUGCUUCUCAAAAAGGAACGAAUCGUGCUCCAACACAACAUUCUCAACGAGGCUAUCCCGAUUGUGAUCGCACUCAAAGCACUGGGCAUUCAAUCGGACCAUGAAAUGUUACUACUGGUUGCUGGAACAGAUAGCACAUACCAGGAUGAUUUUGCGGUCAACUUUGAAGAGUGUACUAAAAUGGGUGUAUUCUCACAACAUCAAGCGCUGGAAUGGAUUGGUACUCGAGUCAAAAUGGGUUCUAGGAAAGGCACUCCAGGUGCUCCACAACGACGGAACCAUGUAGCAGAUGCGCUCGAGGCUCUAUCGAGCAUCAUCAUUACCCAUGUACCUGUUCAUGGACUUGACUUCCGUCCAAAGGCUUUGUAUAUUUGCUUCAUGGUUCGACGUGUUCUAAUGGCGAACCAUGAUCCAAAGCUUGUUGAUGAUCGCGAUUAUGUUGGAAACAAGCGUUUAGAACUGGCGGGACAGCUGCUGUCUCUGCUUUUUGAAGAUCUGUUCAAGAAGUUCAAUUCGGAUCUAAAGAUGAACAUUGACAAGGUAUUAAAGAAGCCGAAUAGGACGAUGCAGUUCGACGCUUUCAACCACUUGCAAUCCCACGGCAAUCACAUCACACAAGGCAUGAAUCGGGCUAUCUCGACUGGAAACUGGAGUGUCAAGCGAUUCAAGAUGGAGCGCGCGGGUGUCACUCAUGUGCUCAGCCGAUUGAGUUACAUUAGUGCUUUGGGGAUGAUGACUCGUAUCAGUUCGCAGUUCGAGAAGACUCGAAAGGUCUCUGGUCCCCGUGCUCUGCAGCCUUCUCAGUUUGGUAUGCUUUGCCCGUCCGAUACCCCUGAAGGAGAAGCCUGUGGUUUAGUCAAGAAUUUGGCUCUCAUGACACAUAUCACAACCAACGAUCUUGAGGAGCCUGUCAAGAAGUUGGUCUUUGUGCUCGGAGCCGAAGAUAUCGUCUCAAUGAGCGGCAAGGAGAUUUAUGAAGAUGGGGCAUACGUCGUUUUCGUUAACGGAACUCCCCUGGCACUGACCAGAAAACCAAAGGUCUUCUUGAACACUUUCCGGAGGUUCCGCCGUGCAGGCCGGGUUUCAGCAUUCGUGAGCAUCUUCAUUAACCACCACACCAACGCAGUCCACAUUGCCACGGACGAAGGAAGAAUCUGUAGACCCCUCAUCAUCGUCGAGAACCAGAAAUCUAAAGUCACUCGUCGCUCAUUAGAAGCUCUACGUGCCGGCAAGAUGGAUUUCGAUGACUUCCUCUAUCGAGGCUUUGUCGAGUAUGUUGACGUGAACGAGGAGAACGACUCCAACAUCGCCCUAUACGAGAAAGAAAUCGACGAAACCUCCACACAUCUCGAGAUCGAACCAUUCACGAUCUUGGGUGCUGUUGCUGGUCUGAUUCCAUACCCUCAUCACAACCAAUCUCCCCGUAACACUUACCAAUGUGCUAUGGGUAAGCAAGCUAUUGGAUCUAUUGCAUACAACCAGUUCUCACGCAUUGAUACUCUGCUCUAUCUUAUGGUGUACCCGCAGCAGCCUAUGGUCAAGACGAGGACGAUCGAACUGAUUCAUUAUGACAAGCUUCCGGCUGGGCAGAAUGCGACAGUUGCCGUCAUGUCAUACUCUGGUUAUGAUAUCGAAGAUGCUUUAGUCCUCAACAAAUCAUCCUGCGAUCGAGGUUUCGGACGGUGCCAAGUUUUCCGCAAGAACAUGAUUUCACUCAAGAAGUACCCCAACAGAUCCUACGAUCGCAUCGGUGACCGCGUUCUAGAUGAGAAAGAUCCAAGCAAGCCUAUCGCCAAGCACCGAAUUUUAACUUCCGAUGGUAUCGCAGCUGUCGGCGAGCGAAUCUUCUCAGGCGAGGUCUUCUGCAACAAAGAAACACCCCUGAAUACAAUAUCGACAGGCAUCGGCUCCGACUACGGUACAAACGACUACAAACCCGCACCCGCGUCCUACCGCGCCUAUGACUUCGCUUAUAUUGACAAAGUAAUGACUACGCAGAACGACCGCGAUGACACCAUCAUCAAAGUCCAAACCCGGCAGACCCGCCGCCCGGAACUCGGCGACAAGUUCUCCUCUCGCCACGGACAGAAAGGUGUCGUGGGCAUCAUCGUCAACCAGGAAGACAUGCCGUUCGCCGACUCCGGUGUCUGCCCCGACAUCAUUAUGAACCCCCACGGUUUCCCCUCGCGUAUGACAGUCGGAAAGAUGCUGGAGCUGCUCUCUGGUAAAGCCGGCGUCCUGAAUGGCACACUGGAGUACGGCACGGCGUUUGGUGGCAGCAACGUCGAUGACAUGGGCGCCAUCCUCAUUAAAAACGGGUUCUCGUACUCCGGAAAGGAUUUUGUGACAAGUGGCAUCACCGGAGAGCCCCUUCCAGCAUAUAUAUUCUUCGGCCCCAUCUACUACCAAAAGCUCAAGCACAUGGUGCAGGACAAGAUGCAUUCUCGCUCCCGCGGGCCCCGCGCCAUUCUCACGCGUCAGCCGACGGAAGGUCGUUCCCGUGACGGAGGUCUGCGUCUGGGAGAAAUGGAGCGCGACUGUCUAAUCGCGUACGGUGCCUCGCAACUCCUGCUCGAGAGAUUGAUGCUGAGCAGCGACGCGCACGAGGUGGAUAUCUGUGAGACUUGCGGGCUGAUGGGGUAUCAAGGCUGGUGCCAGACGUGUAAGAGCACGCGGGGCGUGACAAAGAUGACGAUGCCGUACGCGGCCAAGUUGCUCGUGCAGGAGAUGCUGAGCAUGAACGUGCUGGUGCGGUUGAAGCUCGCAGACGAGUUCCCGCAUCCGAAGAACUGA